GAUGCUACAUUUUUCUGUUUUUCGUUUUGGUUCUACUUUAUGGAGAAGAAAGUUGUUCAAUCUUGGCUGGAAACUGGAGAGGAGAGGUUUAGGGGUUUUGUUUUAUUUUUAUCUAGAUAUCAUGAAUUUAUGGGUGUUUGAAUUUAUACUGAAAGUUCAAAAAUGAGUGAUUUGGGGAACCCUAGAAUGUUAUUUGGCCUGGAGAAUGGCGAACUGAGUCCUUUGAAGCCUCUGGUAAUCAGCUUCAUCUUUAGGGAUGCUACAUUUUUCUGUUUUUCGUUUUGGUUCUACUUUAUGGAGAAGAAAGUUGUUCAAUCUUUGCUGGAAACUGGAGAGGAGAGGUUUAGGGGUCUUGUUUUAUUUUUAUCUAGAUAUCAUGAAUUUGUGGGUGUUUGAAUUUAUACUGAAAGUUCAGAAAUGAGUGAUUUGGGGAACCCUAGAAUGUUAUUUGGCCUGGAGAAUGGCGAACUGAGUCCUUUGAAGCCUCUGAGUUUGGAGAAUGAAUCUAGCCUCCAUGGUCCUCACUUGAAUCAUAAGCCUAGCAACUCAAAAGCACUAGCUACCAUUUUGGGAUUCCAGUACUUGGAUGGUGUUGCCUUUAAUGGUAUUGGAGCAAACUUGAUUGUUUACUUUCGUACUGUUCUCCAUGGAAACAAUGCUGCAAAUGCAGCAAAUGUGGCUACUUGGGGCGGAACAUGUUUCACGACACCGUUGUUUGGAGCUAUUUUGGCUGAUACCUAUUGGGGGAAUUACAAAACAAUAUUGAUCUCCCUUUUUGUGUAUCUCAUAGGAAUGGUUACUGUCACUUCUUCUGCCUUUUCAGCAACAUCAAAAUCAUUUAAUUGUGAGGGAAAUUCGUGUCAGUCAUCAAGCACCUUUCUAUUUUGUGGGUUAUAUCUUGUUGCAAUUGGAAGCGGUGGAAUCAAGGCAACACUGCUUCCUUUUGGUGCAGAUCAAUUUGAUGAUGAGAUUCCCCUAGAAAAAGAAAGAAAGGGUGCCUUCUUUAGUUGGUUUUAUCUUUGCAUCACCUUAGGAGGACUUACCUCAGGAACCAUUAUUGUAUGGAUACAGGAGAAUAUAGAUUGGGGGCUUGGCUAUUGCAUUGCUACAUUCUGCUUGGCUACAGCUUUAGCAGCAUUUGUGUUGGGUACACCGAAUUAUCGGCAACGAUUGCCUACUGGAAGCCCCUUGGCGAGUAUUGUUCAGGUACUGGUUGCUUCCUACAAGAAGAGGAAUGCAGAACUCCCCAGGGAUAGCAGCCUAUUGUAUGAAGUCAACAAGGGCACAUCUGGUGUGCAACCGAAAUUACCACAUACAAAUGAGUUCAGGUUCUUGGAUAAAGCAGCUGUGGUUUCUGCCCUAGAUUUAAAAGAUGGUUCUCCUCAAAACUCAUCGAGUCUGUGCACUGUCACUCAAGUGGAAGAAUUGAAGCUGUUCCUGCGUCUCCUACCGAUAUGGGCUAACAGCAUUGUCUAUGCAGCUGUAUUUGUUCAAAUGUUUACCACUUUCAUUCAGCAAGGGAGUACAAUGAACAUGAAAAUCGGAUCAUUCUCUGUCCCUCCUGCAUCCCUGUGCUCCUUCGAAAUCAUAAGUGUCAUGAUCUGGGUUUUUGCCUGCAACAACUACAUAACUCCAGCAUCUAAGAAAUACUUAGGAAAUGGAACAGGACUUUCCCAGCUGCAGCGCAUGGGAAUUGGUCGUUUCCUACUGAUCCUGACUAUGUUAACUGCUUCUUACAAUGAGAGCAGGAGAUUAGCGAAUGCCCAUGCUGGUGAAACUUUGAGCAUUUUGUGGCAACUCCCCCAGUUCUUUAUCCUCGCCAGCUCAGAAGUCUUCAAUAACAUCACACAGCUUGAGUUCUUCUUUGCCCAGGCACCCGACAGAAUGAAGAGCUUUUGCACAGCGAUGGUUAUGCUAUCAAUGGCUCUAGGCAAUUACUUGAACUCGUUCAUCAUCACAGUUAUCGCCAAGGUAACAUCGGGCGAAGGAGAGCCUGGUUGGAUCCCAGAUGAUUUGAACAAAGGCCAUCUUGAUUACUAUUUCUUGGUACUAGCAGGUAUAUCAGUAGUGAACUUGUUUGCGUAUCACUCUUUAGCAGCGAACUAUACUCUGAAGAAAGUCAUUUCAGAGAGUUAAAACAGUGGUAGUGAGAUUGUUGUGUGAAGAAAUAGUUCUCCGACACCAAUUUCACUGCAAACCUUAUUUCUCUAAGUUAAAACUUGUUUGCGGUGAAUCCCCCAUAGGAGUAUCGAAUGAGAAUGUAAUAUGUAUACCACUUGCAUUGGACACUGUCUCUUACUCUUAAAUCUUGUUUCUGUAAUCUCAUAUUUCAAUGCAAGGUGUAAAAGUGUCUCUCUUUGA